CAAGAGCUGUUUAGCGGAUUAGCUGACCGAAGCGUCUGUCCUGCAAGAUGCGCUUGCAACAUUUGCCAUUGCUGUUGGCGCUGUUUGCUGUAGGAGCAGCAGCAGCAGCAGCAGCCGCAGCUGCUGGCACAGCCAGCAAGGCAAAGAGCGAAGCCAAGACCAAAGCUGAGCCCGCUAGCGUUGCCAGCAAGAAGCCCACAUCGACCAACUCCUCAGCGGCCACCAGCACCACGCGCCAGUCGAAGUCCCUGAAGUCGCUGCCCGGCGAGAAUCGUGGCAAGCGCACGCUCUACGACUUCGGCAACGCGGGCUACCUGUACCCGGAGGUGGCCAGCCGGCGAGCGGGCUAUGUGGACAACUACUAUCCGGGCUAUUACAAUGGCCAGCAAGCGCUAGCUCAAUAUCCGGGCAGCUAUAGCGGCGCCUAUGCGCCUUAUCCGCAGUACCUGGAGGCACCCGAGCCCAUCAUCGAGAUCAUCAUCAAGGAUGCCAAUGAGACGCUCGCCGAGGAGCCGCCGCAGCCCAUUGUCACCAAGAAGAAGAGGAAGAAGGAGAAAGUGCACGUCUUCUAUGUGAACUACAAGAAGGACCAGAACAACAAGCUGCAUCUGGAGUCGCCCAUUGCCUCGCUGAACAACGACGACAACGAGGAGCCCGAGGAGGAGGAGGAGGAGAUCGUGCACUACCCAGUGACGCCGCUGCCACCGCUCAGAUCGACGACGCUGCGCACCAUCAUUCAUCCGGACUCCGAGAAGUACCACAGCAACAGCGGCAUUCACGUCUCCUUCGGCGCCGAGAACAAGCAUCAGACGGGCCACAUCCUCGAGGAGCACGACGCGGAGAGCAUUCAGCGUCAGGUCGUGGCGCUGCCGCUAACCAACACGCGCGCUGACUACGGCCGCGAGAGCAGCUUUGCGCGUGGUCCCGUUUCCAAUCUGCUCUACGGCAGCAGCAGCAACUAUCAGCAGCAGCAGCAGCAGCAGCAGCAACAUUUGCAUUUUGGCAGCCAGCAGCAGCAGCAGCAGCUGCCUGCACAGCACAACAGCAACUAUUUUAGACCACCAACCAAGCAGCAGCAGCAGCAGCCAGCACAACAGCAACAUUACUAUCAGAAGCAGCAGCAGCAGCAGCAGCAGCAACGGCCCAGCAUAACACAGCAGCAGCUGCCUUCAACAUCUUCUCAGACCAUCUUCAACAAGCUGGUGCAGCAAUCACAAUUCUAUGUCAAUCACAAUCAGCAGUAUCAAACAGCGCAGCAGCAGCAACAGCCACAGCAGCAGCAGCAAUAUCAAAAGCCUCCACACAAGCAGGUGCAGGUGCCAUUCUUUCCCACAAUACCGCCAAAAAGUCAUGAGUUGCCAACGCGUGCCAGCCAAACGCCAUAUCAGCCCAUCAAGUUCCGACCCACGCCAGCGGCAGCGGCGCAAGUCAAGCCAUUGCAGCUGCCACAGCAGCAACAGCAGCAGCAGCAGCAGCAGCAGCAACAACAAUAUCAAACGCCCAAGCCGCAGCCUUAUCAAUUCGUUAGACAGCCGCAGUUUGUGCAGCAGCCGCAGUUUAUAGUGCACUCGCCCACACCAGCAGCAGACUACUAUCCACAGCAGCAGCAGCAGCAACAGCAGCAACAGCAGCAACAGCAGCAACAUAAAUACUCAGCGCUCAACUAUUUUGAUAUUAAGCCCUCCAAGGAGACGGAACUGCUGAAGUCCAUACCCAAGUUUGAGCAGCACAUAACAGAGACUGUGCAGAAUCCACUCAACAAUCAGCAGCAACAGCAGCAGCAGCAACAUGUUGCCCAUCAGCAAUUCUCUUACAGCAGCAAUCGCAAUGAGGUGAUUCAUGACAUACCCGCGCCCAAUCUGGCACCCAAUGCAGCACAGCCACAAGCACAGCCCCUUACGGGUCACUACAUUACAGCCAGCUCCACGCAGCAGCAGCAGCAGCAGCAACCACAGCAGCAGCAGCAGCAGCAGCAACAAUUUAGCUUUGCCAGCGAAGCGCCGCCUGUUUAUGCCGAGUCAACGCAUGGCCAGAAGGUAAUGGUGGUGACGCCAGUGCCGCCUUCCUCCAGCUAUGCCAGCUACAAUCAGUAUCAGGCGCAGAAUGAGCAGGUGAUACAGGUGCACCCGCAGGCGCAGCCCAGCAACAGCUAUGUCCAGCAGCCCAGGCAGUCGAGCGCGAGCGCAGCUGUGGACAAUUCGCCUUUCAGCGUGUCCACCUAUCACUCGGAUGUGUUCAAGGAGCUGCAGCAGCGACAGCAACACGAGCAGCAGCAGCAGCAGCAGCAGCAAUCGAACUAUGUCACACCAGCAGCAGCAGCCGCAGCAGCAACUGUUGCUGCUCCCACCUCAGCAGCACCCACAGCUGCGCCCAAUGGCAAAGCCUCGCAGACGCUGCUGCAGCUGCCCGACGAAGUGCCCGACGAUCUGCGCCAGCAACUCUUCUCCUCAGGCAUACUGAACAAUGCCGACAUCUCGGUGCUGGACUACGACAAGCAGGGCGACAUCGCUCUGGAGAACUUGCCGGCGGAGCAUCUGCAGCAUUUCUACGGCGCUGGCGGCGGCGCCCAAAUAGCCGAGACCAACAAGGUGCUGACUGUGGUCAAGCCCAACGGCGACAAGGUGGCGCUCAGCGAGAAGCAAAUCGAUCGCGUCAAGCAGACCAACUCGCUGCCCCAGAAGCAGAAUCUGGACGUCAAGGUGGUGCGCUACGACGCCGCACAGGGCCAGAGCGUGAGCGACAAGUACGUGCGCAGUGAUGCCACCGUCGUGACACCUGUGGAGCUCGCCGAGCGUCAGCAGUACAAUCGCUAUUUGCCGCUGAAGAUCAACGGCGCACAGUUUCCGAUACCCGACAGCGAGGAGUUGCAGGGCAAGAAGAUCGUGAGCGUGGUGGUGCUGGCUCCGGUGGAGGCGCAGCCACAAUCCAGCGAGGCCAGGAGCAGCAGCGGCAGCGUGGACAGCAAGGAAGUCAAGUUUCUGGGCGGUGAGCUGGUCAAGACGCUGGUCAAGAAGCCCACCAAGGACAACUUCAAGCGCUGGCUCGAGAAGGAAGCGCGCACAGAUAUCGAAUUGCAGUCGGUGGUGCUGCUGGUGGCCAAAGCCAGCGAGCAGGCGGAGCAGGAGAUCUUUAUGUACGACAUUGCAACGGGCAGCGUGAAUAAACUGAAUGGCGAGCUCUCCAGCACCUUUGUGAAUGUGGCCGAGGAGAAUGCCAGCAGUGAGGAUCUGGAGCAUGCUGCCACACUUGACCCCAGCUCCAUAGAGACCAUGAUGCAGCUGCGUCGCAGAUAGACACUCACACACACAUGCAGAGAGACAUUAUGCCAUUUAGAUACUCGAGCUAUUCUUGUACUAGAUACAAAUUCUAAACUUCAUUAUAUUUUGACACCCAUACACACACACACACACACACCCAUAUCUGCACACACAGA